AAUAAAACGUCCUAGUUGGUUUGAAUAAAGAUUGAAAUUCAUUCCAAUAAAUAAAUGAGGCACAUAUUUUGACUGAACAUUCAGAUUACUGAUUGGUUCAAUUAUAAACUGGAUAAGAAGUGUUAUUUUCCUGUAGAGCAAAUGCUACCAAUAAUAAAAGUGCAAAAGAGUGGAUUUUUUUGCUAACAGACAUAAAGCCGAUAACAGGAUAAGAGACACACAUGUAAUUCCAAUACUGUUCAGGACUGGAGAUAAAUAUUUGUGAUACAGCAAACCACUACUGGUACGCACUAAGCUGGAGUUUGCACUGAGCUAGAUUUUGAAAUAACUAAGGUGAACUGACACACAAUCGAUGGGUUUCAAAAUACUGACUAUGCUAUAUUUCUGACAUAAAAAUUUCCAUUCACAGUGUUUGACUGAGAUCAGCCGGGAUUUUGUUAUACAGCUAUUACGUAAAUUAUAAAGGGUGUUUUGACAGAUCAGUCGGGAUAUUGUUACACAGAUAUCACGUAAAGAAGAGUGUUUACAAACAUAUAGAACCCUCGUGAUUCACAUCGUGAGCAUACUUGAGUCAAGUAGAAACACCAUCCUUCCUUCAAUGUUGGGACAUUCAAACCUCUACCUCCAACACAUUGAUACGCUAAAAUGGAUGAGCCACGUGGUAGAAGUUCCAGCGAGAGUCAUGUCGAGUCCCGACACACUUGGGGGCCCCCUGCAGGCUACCAAUCACUAUCACGUGAUCGGGCCGGGAGUACAAGAAAUGCCAGACUGAUAUCCCAACGGUCUGCCCCGCAUCUGGAUGGUUACUUCAACGACCUCGAUUCGAUGUGCUCAGUCCACGAUUACGAACCUCUCACAUGGUUCUGCGGUAACCAUGGACAACUGCUGUGUGGAAAAUGCUUCCCCCAACAUGAGUCAUGUCAUUUGAUGAAAAAAUUGGACAAUGCCUCAAAGGGGAUCAAAGAGAAUUGCUCCUUUCGCAGUCUUCCACUAGAUGUACACCAAAUGCUGAUGGAACUGGACAAUGUAAAACGUCUCAAGUUGGAGAAUCAUGCCAGUCUCCAUAAACUUUACGACCUUCAUUUGCAAUCCAUUGCAAGAAUGAGAGCCGAGAUCAUUGGCAUCCUUGACGCAAUGGAAGAAAACACCAGGCACGAACUUAAAGCUAAUUUAGAUAUCCUAGAUGGUGACAUUGAAAGAGAUAUCCAUCAAGCGGAACUAAUGCAGCAAGAUCUCAAAAGUUUCAUAGAAAAAAUUGAUUCCAAGUACAAUGAACAAGAAGCAGAAAUUUUCGUAACCUACAGGCAAUGUUUGAAGAAGAUUGAAGAGGCAGAAAAACUUAUUCAGCCUCACUCUGAGGAAUACACGAUAACGUUUGAUUUUAAUACAAAGAUCAAGGAAAAAUUGAUAGAGUACAAAAAACUGGGAUUUGUGCACAGGUCCCCAGACCUGCACCCUGAUCUACCAAUGGAAGGGGUUGAUCUUUCGUACAAAAAAUAUGGGCGGAAAGAUUUCUCCAUCCGAGUUCAGACUGAUAAGCGAGAGUGUCAUAUAACUGAUAUGUGCCAACUCGCUAAUGGUUAUGUGGUGCUUCUCGAUGAUGAUAAUGAUAACCUCAAGUUUGUAAACAGUGAUUACCGAGUUGUGGGUGUGUGUCCGCUCAAAUACCCGCGGGGAGUGUGCAAUGUGAAAGAAAAUCGUCUCGCCGUUUCUGUGAGCCAUAUUGACCGAAAAAGCGACAUUCAGUUUAUAAAAGUGUACAAAACUGUUGGUUCCGACACAACAGAGAGAGCUAAAUGUAAGCUUGGGAAAAAGAUAAGCCUUCAACACUACUGUGGUAUGAUCGUUCACAGGAACAAUCAUCUCUUUAUUGGAGAUGGUAACAACGUUUAUAUGUAUGACAUGAGUGGUGAAUUCCUGGAAACGAUCUAUGAGUAUGACUCUGGAUUCACAAAAUACACGUUUGCAGUCGACCGCGAGGGAAGCCGGAUUUAUAUACCUGACAAUGACAAUGAUCGAUUGAUCACGAUUGACAACAGAGGAAACCUUACAAGCAUGUUUCAAGAUGAAAAUCUCAAGGACACGACCUGCGUGUGCUCUGCUUUUAAUGGAACUGUGUUUGUGUGCGGAGAAUCGGCUGCAAAGGUCAUUCAAAUUGACAAUGAGGGAAAACAAAGGAUCUCGCUGACAGAGGUUAAGAUGCAGUCUCCGUUGAAGGCCAUGUGGUUCAACAGCGAGAGAAACGAGCUCAUUCUUGGAAGCUCCAAUGAUCAUAUCACUGUACUAUUGAUGAAAUAGAUAAACUGCUUAUGCAUCAGUCAAUUGUAACCAGGGCCCCCACAGGUCUCCGCCCUGCGGGGACAAACUGCUGAUAAAAUCCCCGCCAAAUGCCCCCACACACAGGGGACAUCCUAGCUUGGGCACAUUCCCCGCUAUUUUUCACGCGAAAACAAAACCACCGCAUUCACUCGGCACUGCGGGGCCAUUUGGAAGGUAAAAACAUGGCCCAUUUCCCCCGCUAUCAAACUACAUGGGGAGGGGGGCAGUGGUUACAAUUGACUGGUGCAUUAGAUUCAAGAUAUUUUUUUCAAUUUGGUAACUAUCUCAAUACAUUACAAGCAGGUAUUUAUCAUCAAGUAUGUACACAAAAUUUAAAAUUAUAGCAUGUAAUGUAAGAUUCCUUGUUAAGUUACAGUUUGGUUUAAAACCAUAAAACAGAACAUUAUUUGACCAUUAAAUACCAUUGAUGCAGGGUAUAAAAUAGGGUGUUUCAUUUAAAUGGAUCAAAGUUCAUAUAUUGUUAGUGAUUUCAUUGUGCUAUGAAGUGGACUCAGUCUUUUUUAACAUCUUUAUCAAGGAAAGUUUAGUUCAUACAUUGUACAUGUGUGUCUGAAGUGAUUUUAUUGUGUGAUGAAGUGGACUCAGUCAUUUUCAAAGUCUUUUUUAAGAAAAGAUAUAUUUAGAUCCUAGAUGCACAAUAAAAUUAUGGCCUUGGUUGAUAUAUUGAUUGAUCACGUUAAUAAUAUGCAAUUUUAUUUCUGCUGAUUACAGACUACAACUUCCACUAAAAGGUUUUGCAUUUGACAAAUAAAGGCAAAAUUUAAAGACAAGACAAAUAAACCCAUGAUAUGAUUCUAAGUUCUGUGAUUUUACUCCUAAUGUUGUUAUUGUUUUAAAUGUUUAACCUCCACUUAAUUUUGUUAUACCUUAGCUUUUGAAAAUAAUUUAAAAGCCAUUCAUAAGUGUUUAUUUUGUUUUUUACAUGUCUUUCAUUGUUACUAAUACCAAUUUGAUAUAUGUCAUAAAAGGGUAACAUGGUAAUAAACACAGCAUUCAGUAUUUAGCGCAAUUAUUUCUACCAUGUACAUUUACUAACAAAACAGAGGUCUGGGGGCAUGAUUAUGAACAGCCUCCAGUGGCAGAUCCAGCAUUUUGCUUUGUUAGUUUAAAGUGUUGGCAGGGUUUUGGGGGGACUCACCCAAGAAUUUCUUUUACAAUUUCAAGUCCAAAAUGGUGCACUUUGAGCAUAAUUUAUGACUUUUUUUCCCUUAUAAUGAUAUAACAAGUAGACUUAAAAUUUGGACGAAUUUAGUAGGAGUGCACGCUGGGAGGAAUUGAUAGACGAUUCUGUGUAAUUAAAUAAAAGUGCUUUUCUGAGUAUUGACAUGUUCAUAAUCAUGGCAACUAGCCCCAAUUUUUCCGAACAUCUGUAGUCUGAUCUUAUGAUAAUCAAAAUAAACCGUUUUUUUUAUUU